ACUGAAACUGAUAUCGUAACAGAAACAAAAGGACAGAGUAAAAUUUUGUUGCUUAAGUAGAAUAUAAUAGAAAUUUAUUUCUGAUUUGUAAAAUGGAGCGUUUUCAUAUUUAUGUUAUUGCUGUUUACAUUUUAGUAACUUUUAUCAGUUUUACUAUCAGUGUAAAAUGGACAACGUUUGAAAGAGAUGAUUCCUUAAACGGAAAAGCGUGUGAAGAUGCCGAUAUUGCGUUCAGUAAUAUGCUAAUAUAUGACAAGUCGGCUUGUGUACUUAAAUGUGCAAACCACACUGAGUGUAAAAGUGUGUUCCAUACACAACAUACUGGUGAUUGUACAGGCUGUAGUGUAAGUUAUGGUAAAAAUAAUCUUCCGACCGGGCUUAUGGACGGUUCAGUGUGUUAUCAGGAAAAGUCAGACUGUCCGUCCGGCUGGAGUAGCUUCGAGAAUUCUUGUUACUUCAUCACGGAGGAAAAAACGAUCUUUUUGAGUGGCUUGGCAAAGUGCGAAUCAUUUGAUGCUCGACCUGUAAUCAUAAAUAACGAAAACGAAAACAAUUUCGUCUUGGACCUCAUUAAGUCAACGACGAACCAAAAUGAUGAUUUUGGUUUCUUUACUGGCUUUACAGACAUUGAAACUGAAGAUACAUGGGUGGAAUACGGUACUAAUAACCAAAUGACCUUCGAAUAUUGGGGAAAUGGUGAACCAAAUUAUGGAACGCUUGAAAAUUGCUUGGCAUUCUUUUACUCAGUUGACUUGAAAUGGAUUGAUAUAUCGUGUAACUUUAUGCUCAAAGUCAUAUGCGAGAUUAAUAAAUAAAAUGCAUUUUAUGGCGCACACAACUUCUUGCGUCCACGAUAACAAUCUACAGUUUUUCUUGUGCACAUGAUCGUAACCAAAGUGUUUAAUGGCGGACAUAUUUCCUUGUAUCCUUGAUCGCAACGCGAGCAUUGUACGUGACUGACACAGAAAUAAAACUGAUUUUGACUGAGAAUUAAUAAAAAUAGAAUAAACA